UUCAAAUUUUCAGUUCGGAAGCUGCAAAAUUUUGUGUGCUCGCUGCUCACUAGGGUUCCCCCUUUUCACUUUGUUGUCACAUUCUUCGCAUUUAUCCAAACUCGUAGCUUUAUACUGUGAAUUUACCUUCCAAGAUCUGUUUGUGUUGGAAUUCGACUUUUUUUUUAUGGGCAGUGCUUCAAUUGAUUAGCUGCAUUUCUUUGAUUCCAUCUACCAUUGACUGACGCAUGUGAUUCAGAUAUAACAGGAGCUCAGCACCGUAGUAGUAGGAAAAUGGUUAAGGCAUUCAACUUUUUGUAAUUAUCCAUUUCACGUGUAAAGUGAGAAGAAGUAGGUUAGCUGCUUAUGCCAUGGGUGGAAAAUGAAUCUCUUCAAUUGGAAUUGGCUGCGUGAGUUGUUCUGCUCAAGAUGAUCGACCAAUUUAUUAAUUUUGUCAUUAGGCCGCCCAGGGCGCAUUACAACCCAGAUCAAUAUCUAUGGGAAAAGGAUUUUACUCUGGCAGGAAGGAAGUACAAUAGAGAAGAUGUUGAGCUUAGUAAUGAAAGGGGUCAUACCUUAAAAUGUAGCCAUUAUGCUCCUUCACAAGUCCCAGAUGGUUCGCCUCUCCCUUGUGUUAUAUAUUGCCAUGGAAACAGUGGAUGUCGGGCAGAUGCAAAUGAAGCAGCUGUAGUUCUUUUGCCUUCAAAUAUCACGGUGUUCACCCUUGAUUUUUCAGGUUCUGGAUUGUCUGAUGGGGAUUACGUUAGUCUUGGUUGGCAUGAGAAAAAUGACCUCAAGGUUGUGAUAUCGUAUUUGCGGAGCAAUGAGAAAGUUUCUCGCAUUGGCCUUUGGGGGAGAUCAAUGGGUGCAGUUACAAGCCUUCUUUAUGGAGCAGAAGACCCUUCUAUAGCUGGAAUGGUGCUGGACAGUGCCUUCUCUAAUUUGUUCAAUCUGAUGCUGGAACUUGCAGAUGUGUACAAAAUCCGGCUUCCCAAAUUCACAGUCAAGAUGGCUCUUCAGUACAUGCGACGAGUAAUACAGAAGAAAGCCAAAUUUGAUAUCACACGACUUGAUUGCAUACAGGUUGCUCCCAAGACAUUUAUUCCUGCUCUGUUUGGGCAUGCGAAAGAUGACAAAUUUGUCCAAUCUCAGCAUUCUGAUGCUAUCUAUAAUUCAUAUGCGGGUGAUAAAAAUAUUAUCAAAUUUGAUGGUGACCACAACUCAUCGCGGCCUCAAUUUUAUUAUGAUUCUGUGUCAAUUUUUUUCUAUAAUGUCCUCCAUCCUCCUCAUCCUCCAUCUUCAUAUUCAACAAAGAUUGAGAAAUACUAUGAUCUGGGAGACGUUAAAGUUGGUGCUGGUGUGGAAGAGAAUAUUUUAUAUGAGAUAAUAGCUGGGCUUCGCAAUGUAAGUGCUGAUGCACCUAGCUCUUCUGCUGCACCUCGUAGCAUUUCAUCUACAAAAUCUGUGGGCGAACUGCUCUCUGACAUAGCUCCCGUAUGUAAUGAUGCUUUGACUUCUGAGGAAGCCCAUCUCAAGAUUCUCAACGGCAGUGGCACAUCACCUCAAGUGGACAAGCAAGCAGGCCAAAAUGAAGAGUGUUGCUCCUACACGAGCUCAAACAGAGAAAGUUGGGGAAGAUGCUCGUCUCUGGGCAGUGAUGAUCUACCUUCUAUGGAGACAAGCAUCAGUAACUCCGACCAGACAACUAUAAAGGUCCUUGCCACGCCCCUUCGAAAUCCAGGACAAAAUACAUUAGAGUCUCCUAAGGACGAUACAAAGAAGAAGAAAAAAAACAAAGCUAAUUCGAGCACAAAGAAGCCGAAACGGGAGAAAUUUGAAAAGCUGGAGGCUCUGAGCCAGCGCAUUCGUCUUUGCAUCUUGAAGAGAGUUAAUCAUAGGAGAAACUGCUCGACGUGACUAACCCUCAUUGUAGAAUAGGAUGUUGAUUUGUUAGGCUUCCAUACUUUGCUUUGUAUUUUCCAAGAAAGAAAAAAACCCAACUCUGAUAUGUUGCUGGGAGGCUACCCACUUUGCUUAUUAUUUCAUGCAGCUCUCGUCACCAUUUUAACCAUUCA